CCACUUGGAAGAUCCCUAUAAAAACGGUAAGCAGAUGGAACUGACCACAACACUUUCCUAGUCGGCAGUCAAAUCAUGUACCCCACCAAGAGCGUUUUCAUUGGUGCUGCAGUGCUUCUCCAGCUGGUGGCUCUCAUUCAGGGAGGAGUUUACAGUACUGAAGACAAAUGGGUUAUUCUGGACAAGACUAAGGAUCUGCCGGAAGAAGCUGUUUACGGCGGCUUCGAUCCUGAUGGCUACAACAACUACGUGGGCCGCGUUUACUACAGCAGCAACGUUGUGCCAGCUCGCGUGGUGGCGGAACUAGGAAAGGCCACUUACAACACGGACAGUUUGGGCAGCCAGACCACAAGCUACGAGGUACUAGUUUCGAAUGCCACCAUGAGCUAUCACUGGAUCCGCAGUUUCGAUGGCUACCGGGAGAAGAACGCUGUGUCUGUGGGAACCAACCCCCUCAACGAUCGUGUCUUCAUCUGCCGAGUCCGGUGCGAUGAGGCGGUCUUCAUUGGAACUCUCUACCCCACCACACGGAAGUGCAUCGUGAAGUACGAGAACUUGCCGCUCCGCCAAUUCGACAAGUAUGAAAUCCUUGUUAGGAAACGACAAGUUGCUGCAUAUACUCCAUUUGUAGAUGGAUAUAUUAUUAACUAAGUUAUUCAAAAAAUAAAUAUGUUUGUUAAA